AUGGUUUUCUCUUUCUCUACGGUGGCUGAUGAAACACUAGUGGUUCUCAUUGCGGUAUGUACACUCAUCUCCUACAUUGUCUCUCUUGUCUGGUGGAGUAUCGUCCCAUUUCUCUUUUACCCGGAAGAGCGACGGCUGGAGAAACGCAUUGCGCAGUUACGAGCAGAGGCGGAACUCUGCAACAGCAGUGAUCAUCUCCACCUGCACGGGAAGUUGUGUCGAGAGACGCAGCAGUUGAUGAAGGAACUCACACGAGUACGACAACAACGGUUUGAAUUAUGUCGUUUUUGUAAACAACAUAAACAACAAACAAAAGGGGGAUAUACUGGAAAUAAUAAAGAAGAUGCAUUGCAGUAUUGUGUAGCCUACCUGAGAUGUAUGUUGCCACGAUUGGUGGGUGUCUUUAUUUCCUGUGGAUUUAUGAUUCCCAUUUUAUACUUAUAUGGAAACCGUGGUACCAUUGUGUUAUUUCCUCGCAACUUCAGUCUUCUUUUACCAUUAAUUAAGCAUUCGAUCGAGCAAGUGAUGAUGAUGUUGUUACUGAGUCCAUUCAUGUGGGGAAUUUCUAGUGUAGAAGAACAAAUGUGUAGUGGUAGUAGUGGUAGUGGUAGUAGUGGUAGUGGUAGUAGUAGUAGUGGUAGUAGUGUUAGUACUGGCAAUUGGGCCCACACAAAUAGAGGCAUUUCGGGUAAUUUUGGUGGUAGUAGUAUGAUGGGAGAUGGAAGUGUAACGGAAAAUAUGAUUCGAGGAGUUCCUGUUUCUCCCACGGCUGUGAAUUGCAGAGAGAAUGAAAUACGUGGGAUGGGUGUCUUUCCGUGGUUUCUCACUUGUUUUGUUGCCGUACGCUUUACACAUCGUGUUCUCUCACGUGCUUAA